ACAUUUUGGCUCGAAAGCAACAGAAUUUUUCCAUUCGGUUCUCUUCAGCUAAGAGCCAACAUGGCGACAUAGCUGCGUCAGAUUCUAACCUUUUCCCAUUGGUCAGUAGGCGGGGCCAGAGCCAGCUGAUCGCUUUUUCUUAACGCUGGAGUUGGUUUCUCUUAGCUCGGAGGGAGCUGCCUUGCAGAGAUUGGGGGACUCCGCUGUUUUUUUUUUUUAAAUUGUUUGUUUUCCACAUCUUGCUUCUGAACAUCCAAGAAGUUUAAUCAAUGCAACAACCGUUUAGGGUAGCCUGUAGUUUUUCAUUUUACGCUCAUAUGUCAUUUGUAAUUAAGUUUGACGUUUUUCAAUUUCUUCUAAUUUCAAAACAUCUGCAUGAAAAGUUUCAUGGAAAAGGAAAACGUUUUGGUUAAGUCGACGUGAUAGCGAGCAUCCCGUCGAUAUGUUGUUUUUACUAGAAAACCAGGUCAGUGUCAGUGUUUGGACGGACUCAUCCUCCUCCUCCUCCUCAUCAUCAUCCUCCACCGAACUGAUCCAUGCUGCGGUUCCGCCGUCCGUGCAGCUCGGUCUCACGGUUCUCUACACGGUUUUGUAUUCGCUGCUCUUCGUGUUUGUUUACCUGCAGCUCUGGUUGAUUCUGCACUACGGACACAAGCGCUUCAGCUACCAGAGUGUUUUUCUCUUUCUGUGUUUGCUCUGGUCGGCACUGAGGACGACUCUCUUCUCUUUCUACUUUAAAAAUGUUGUUCAAGCCAACCAGCUUCAGCCUUUGCCGUUCUGGCUCCUGUAUUGUUUUCCAGUCUGCCUCCAGUUCUUCACCCUGUGUCUGCUCAACCUGUAUUUUGCUCAGGUGAUUUUCAAAGCCAAAGCAAAGUAUUCCCCGGAGCUCAACAAGUACAAGGUGCCCCUGCUUCUAGGAUUUCUGCUGGCCAGUGUUUUUUUCCUGGUGGUGAACGUGACGUGUGCCAUGCUGGUUCAGGGUGAUGCGGAUGAGAGUCAGGUGAAGGAUGCCGUUCUGGCACGAGUUCUGGUUAACGACAGCCUCUUUGUGCUCUGUGCGAUCUCACUUGCCAUCUGCAUCUUCAAGAUCGCUAAAAUGUCUUCUGCCAACGUCUACCUGGAGUCAAAGGGGACAUCAGUAUGCCAGGCCACGGCCAUUGGGGCGGCAGUUAUCCUCCUCUACACAUCCAGAGCCUGUUAUAACCUGGUUGUGGUGGCUCUAUCUCCUGAAGAUCGGCCCAGCCCGUUUAAUUAUGGCUGGUACAAUGUAUCUGACCAGGCGGAUGCAGAGAAGAUCAAUGGCGAAGCCUAUGUGGUCUUUGGGAUCAUCCUGUUCUUCUGGGAGUUGCUGCCCACCAGUCUGGUGGUGUUGUUCUUCAGAGUGCAGCGGCCCAAUCAGAACCUGACACCGGGUGGCAUGAUCAACAGUCACAGCUUUAGUUCCAGAGCGUAUUUCUUUGACAACCCACACCGCUAUGAUAGUGAUGACGAUCUGUCUAGAAACACAACUUCCCGAGGGGAAAGAUGCAGCAGUAUCUUUUCGUCCACACCGCAGACGGGCCCAGGUUGGUAUGGCUCGAUCCAGAGGAACAGCAGCCUAACAGCGAUCCCUCACCUGCUAAACGGACCCCAAACAUCAACAGCCCCUCUUCUCUUUGCCUACGGCAAUAUUCAGACCAACCAACACCACAAUUACUACUCCACCCCCCAGAACUACUACUCAAGCUCCCAGACACACUACUCCACCCCUCAGAACUAAUGCAGAUGCUUCAAGUGGAUUGAUCUAGUCUGAGAUGUGACUCAGCCAGGACAUCAUUGAGCAAUGCUUUAUGGUCGUCUUGGCCCUCAGUCAGUUCAUCUGCCCACUUUUAAACGGAAAGAAAUUAAUGGGACCAUACAAAGGUGAUGGGGGAAGGUUUGUUUGGACCAAAUGGACCAGCUUUUCCAAUGUUCUCAUUUCUAAAAA